AUGGCCGUCGACAGAAGAGUCACCUCACCCCACCGGCGAACAUCAGACACCAUUCUCGGAGCAUCCCAUGCCCCAGGUCUCAUGAGCACGAGAUCGGAAAAACCUACUAGCGUUCAGAACUAUGUCCUCCCACCGAGAAAGACGGCAGAUAGCCUGAUGGGAGUUUAUUGGUCUUUCGUAUUUCCCCUCUACCCGCUUGUUGAUGGUAUCCGGUUGCGGGCCGAAUAUGAGAAGGUCUGGACGGGUGAACCUCUCGAAAGUGACGAAUCUAUGCUCAUGUGUACAUUUAACGUCAUCUUUGCUCUAGCCUGCCAGCUAGCUGACUUUAUACCCCCUGAGGAGCGCGAGGCAUCCGCAGACGCAUUCUUUUCACGCGCAAAGGAUCUUCUCCAGUUCAACCUUUGGGACACAGGGUCUGCUGCCCUCAUUCAAUGUCUGCUUUUGAUGGCGCAGUACCUACAAAGCACUGACUCAGCGCACCAGUGUUGGAUCGUUACGGGUCUGGCUAUACGAAAUGCCCAAAGCUUAGGCUUGCAUCUUCCGCAAACUAUUGCCCGACUCCCGAGUCCACAGGAGCAGCAGCUAGCACGUAAAAUAUGGCACGGAUGUGUGCUGAUGGAUAGGUAUGGCGUGCCUCACUUAUUGAAUUUGUAA